GUGCCUCUGCCGGAGGCUGAGAUUGAACGUUCGACCCGCAUGAUCAAUAUAAAGAGGGGUGUGGGUGUGGCGCACUGGCCAAAGGACUCCCUCGAAAACACCCGCCCCUUCCUCUAUACAGACAGGCGUGAAAUUCUGAGCCCAGCACCACCAUUGCUACUCUGAAAGAACAAAGAGAGAAAGAGCAAGGAUGGAUCUCGUUCUCAAGCAAGCUGCCUACGCCGAGGAGCAGCCGUACUCUCGUGCGAUUCUCAUCACCCAUGUCAUUCAUCGAGGCUUCAACAUGUGGUCCAUCCUCGGCACUGGUGCCACGCUCGCCUGGGCGGGCUACCAGCGUCCUCCACUGUCGACACUCUACCCCAGCCUGCUUGCGGGGGCCGCCCGCGGAGGCAUUUUCGGCCUCGGAUUCGGCGCGCUGGCCGUAACGGGGCGGAUGUGGGGGAGGGACCUCGUCGAGUGGCAGGACCGCUCCUGGAGGCUGCUUGGCCACGCCACGCAGAACAGCACCGACCACUGGAGCUUGGUCGGGGCCGCCGCGGGGGCUAUUGCGUCGGGCACCGUAUACGCAUCGACGGCAAAGCAGCUCUCGAUGGGCACGCGGCUCGUAGGGGGAGCCGCACUGGGGAGUACGCUUGGCAUCGUUGCGAUGCUUGCGAGCAGGCCGCUGCUGAAAGCGCCUAAAGCAUAGCUCUGCAUUGCACACGAAUGAACGUAUUGGCACCUUUGUCAUAUCCUCUAUUUUGGCCCCAGAUGGCCGCAUUGCUGCUGAGCAGUGCCUGGAGAAUACCACUGAUGUUGUCUGCCACGGGACGUCAAUGGGGCACGCGCGCCGUUUUUGUCGGAUCAAACAGCUG